AAAGGCAGAGCGCACUAGGUUUGUCUUCUCUAUUCCGUGCGUGGUCAGAAGCACUCACAAGAAGCAAAAGCUGAAAAGCUUCGACUCUCAAAUUUAAAGACCCAUCCAAAGCAAACCUCUGCCAAAUCCAAUCCUCUCACUCUUUUUCUCUUGUUUUUUUUCUUUCUUCACUUCUCAAAUUCCACAGGAGAAGACACAAACGCAGAACAUUCUCGGAAACCGUAACCCAUAUUCUAUUCCCGGGUCAUCGGGCUUCGGACCAUCCGCCAUUUUCACAGACCGCAACAAAACAAGGCAACAACCUUCCUUGUUUUCCGCUCUCGGUGUUUUUCAAACCGCAAAUGCCUGAAUAAGAAAGGGGUGGCUUAGUAAUUCGAGACACUCGCUCGGUGGUUCUAGACAUGGCAGGUAAUAGUAGCUCGGAGGGGUUGGGAGAUGAUUUCUUCGAACAGAUCUUAGCAGUGCCCGAAGCUCCAGUGGGAUAUGGCAGAGCCGUAGCCACUGACGUUGGAAUGCUGCAAUUGGGGUCCACUACUCCAACCGCCGCCGCUCUCAGAGGCGGUGGAAUGAUGCCUCUGGGCCUGAAUUUGGAGCAAUCUGCGUUUCUAAGCCACCAUGAUUCCAGAAACCUAGUUGACGACGUUGUUAAUGUUGAUCCCAGCGUUCACAAUAAUCACCACCACCAUCAUCAUCAUCAUCAACACCUCACGCUCCAUAAUAACAACUCAUCACCCUCUCCUACUCCACCAAUCACCGAUCGCGAUUCGAUGCAUGUGAGAGGUUUGUUUUCAGCGUUUGGACAGUUGCAUAGUCCUACUCUUGUUCCCUCUGUCCGCCCCACGCUGUCAUCGCCUCCACCACCUCCUCAGCCGCAGCUCCACCUCCACCACCAUAACCAACAGGUAUUGAUACAAAAUGGUCAAUACAACUUGACAAAACGCAGAGGCAACAGGCACGCAACAAGUGACUUUGUUUCAAUUUCAACGCCCUUGUACUGGGCAUUUCAAGGGCAGGGAGGUGGAGGUCCAGCGUCUAUGAGUGGUACUCAACAAGCACCUGGCAUUCGCCCUCGUGUGAGAGCAAGAAGAGGGCAAGCCACAGAUCCACACAGUAUUGCUGAAAGGUUGCGUCGCGAAAGAAUUGCUGAAAGAAUGAAGGCAUUGCAGGAGUUAGUUCCCAGUAUUAAUAAGACGGACAGAGCCGCGAUGCUUGAUGAAAUUGUGGAUUAUGUCAAGUUCCUAAGACUCCAGGUUAAGGUCCUGAGCAUGAGUAGACUGGGGGGAGCUGGUGCAGUUGCUCAACUUGUGGCUGAUGUUCCCCUUUCUGCAGUGGAGCAAGGGGAGGACAUAGAAGGUGGAGGCAAUGAGCAAGCCUGGGACAAGUGGUCCAAUGACGGUACAGAACAACAAGUUGCUAAACUUAUGGAAGAAGAUGUGGGUGCAGCUAUGCAAUUUCUUCAGUCCAAGGCACUUUGCAUCAUGCCCAUAUCUCUAGCCUCAGCCAUUUUUCGUAUGCCUCAAUCAGAAUCAUCAACAGUGAUCAAGCCUGAAUCAAACAGUCACUGAUAGAAGCGAACAAAAGUGUGGUGACAGACUUUACAUUACAUAACUUUGUUUAGCCAAAUUUGGUCCCAUUCUUCCUCCUUUAUGACAAGGGUAUUCUACUUUCUUGUAUAAUUUUGUGAUUGGAUGGAGAAGGAUAUCUAGUCGGUGCAGCUGUUCACUCUUCUCAACUUCUGUCAAAGAAGGAGUAAUUGCUUUUGCUAUUGUGUAAAACCAGAAGGACGCAGCAUGUCCUUGUCACAGUGAAGAUCAACAUUUUCAAUGGCCUUAUUGAUGUUUUUCUUCCAAAUAUCUGUGGUGGGGUUGGUGCUGGAUCACCAAAUAUUUGUAGUGGAAGCUCUUUUUCUUAGUAUUUUUAAUUUUGGUGAGUGGGGAGUGGGGCCACUUAAAAGGAAAGGAUGGGUAGGCAUGAUUUAUGUGGAGAAAACUUUAAUACAACUUGAAUUAAAAUAUGUUACUUACCUUGUAAAGCUGUUUGGAAGCAUCUGAUUAUUGAAAAA